GUGUUAAGGACACACACAAGCUCCCUUUUUGUUCUCAUGGAUGAGUCCUGAUUUAACAUCAUAAUCUAGAUUAUCCUUCAAGCCAGACUACAAGCCUGUAGUCCAGAAUCCACGGUUCUGAAGUGCUGUAGUCAUCAUUUUUGAGGGCAGAUUUUCUCAGCUCUCAGUGUAAAGCUCAUCAAGUCUGUUUCUGUAGCUGGGUUGUGGUUGAUGUUUAAAGCAGAUCCUACAGGCACUGUGAGAAACUGAUGAAUGCACUGCAGCUCAGCGGGUCUGCCAUCACACGUACCUCAUGUCGUUCUUGGACUGCUCCUGUAUCUCCGCCCACUCUCAGGUCCAGCCAAUCAACUGUGAGGAUCAGUAUGAGGACAUCAGUGGGUCGUACCUGAGCAGCGAUGGUUCUUUUUUCGGAGUUGAUGAUGACCUCUCCGGCUUGUCUGCUGAUCCUGCAGACUAUCAGCUGCUCUCAGUCCUCGGGCGGGGCUUUAAUAACCUAAGCCAGGUGAGCAUGGCUCGUCACAGACCGUCGGGUCGACUAGUGGCAGUGAAAAACACCAAUCUGGAUGAGUGUACGGAGGAGGAACUGCUGCAGCUGAUGAAUGAGGCGCUGUUGUCCAGAUUGUUUCGCCACCCAAACCUGCUGACAUCCAGGUUGGUUUUCAGUUCCUGUUGCCAGCUGUGGGUGCUCUCUCCACUAAUGAGCUAUGGCUCUGCAGAUUCGUUACUCAGGUCGUUUUUCCCAGAUGGAAUGAGUGAAUCCCUGGUUGCGUAUCUGCUCUACGGGGUCCUCAACGCUCUGAAGUACCUGCACCACAUGGGCUACAUACACAGAGGUGUGAAGGCGAGUCACGUGCUGCUGUCAGCAGGGGGUCUUGUGUGUCUUUCCGGCCUGCAGUGUGUGUACAGCCUGAUGAGAGACGGGAGGAGGAUGGAAGUCGUGUUCGAUAUGCCGCAACACACACCCUCACUGCUGCCCUGGCUUAGCCCCGAGCUCCUGAGACAGGAUCUCCAUGGUUACGGAGUGAAGUCUGAUAUCUACAGUGUGGGUGUGUUGGCGUUAGAACUGGUCAGUGGAAGAGUUCCAUUCCAGGACCUGCCCCCCACCCUGAUGUUGCUGCAGAAGCUGCGUGGCUCUCUGAGCUGUAUGCUCGACGGCGCCCCCUACGCUCUGGGAGAUUUCAGUGCUCUGAAGGUGUCUCGCUCUGGAGUGGACUCGGGGAUCGGAGAGAGCGUCGCUGCAGGAAGUCUCACUCGCACUGCUACUGCAGAGAGACCGCAAAGCCCCGCCCCCAAAAACCACUCCGCCUCCUUACACAACCUGCUCCAGCUCUGCUUACAGCAGCAACCUGAACGCAGGCCAUCAGCAUCAACUCUCCUCACUCAUCCCUUCUUUAAACAGGUGAAGAAACACACCCCGGACUCGUUCCUCAGUCUGGUGUAUCCAGCCGUUCCUCUCUCCUGCCCCGUGGACAUUCCGCCGUCUCCCCCGCUGCUCCGCACUGACACACACACCAACACAAACCUUGAGCCUGCAGAUGGAGGAAAACCCGAACCUCGUGUUAACAGAACCUGUGAAGAAACACAAAGUCACUUGUAUACUGUUGAAGAACUGAAGACUGUGAUUGACUCCUUAUGGACUGAAGUCAUGUUUAUGUUUUUUAUGCUGUGAUGUAAACCGUAUGAGUCAUUAUAAUGGUUUAUAAAUAUAAUCAUACCCACUUUCUUAACAA